UUGCAGAGAGAUGCCAAAGGCCAGUACUUGUUCGAUCUUCUUUGCCACCACCUGAACCUGCUUGAGAAAGACUAUUUUGGGAUCCGCUUUGUGGAUCCAGAUAAGCAACGGCAUUGGUUGGAGUUUACAAAGUCUGUGGUGAAGCAAUUGAGAUCCCAGCCUCCCUUCACCAUGUGCUUCCGUGUGAAGUUCUACCCUGCAGACCCUGCUGCCCUGAAAGAAGAAAUAACCAGGUAUUUAGUCUUCUUACAGAUCAAGAGAGAUCUCUACCAUGGCCGGCUCCUCUGUAAAACCUCGGACGCUGCCUUGUUAGCAGCUUAUAUCCUUCAAGCGGAGAUUGGAGAUUAUGACCCAGGAAAACACCCUGAAGGCUACAGCUCCAAGUUCCAGUUUUUCCCUAAACAUUCAGAGAAGUUGGAAAGGAAAAUUGCUGAAAUUCACAAAAUGGAACUCAGUGGCCAAACACCAGCAACAUCAGAGCUGAACUUCUUAAGAAAAGCGCAGACCUUGGAGACAUACGGAGUGGAUCCUCACCCCUGCAAGGACGUGUCAGGAAAUGCUGCAUUUCUGGCUUUCACUCCUUUUGGGUUUGUUGUUCUUCAAGGAAACAAGAGGGUCCACUUCAUUAAAUGGAAUGAGGUGGCCAAGCUGAAAUUUGAAGGAAAAACUUUUUAUUUAUACGUAAGUCAGAAAGAGGAAAAGAAAAUUAUUCUUACAUAUUUUGCUCCAACUCCUGAAGCCUGCAAGCACCUCUGGAAAUGUGGAAUUGAGAACCAAGCCUUCUACAAGCUGGAGAAGUCGAGCCAAGUCCGCACAGUGUCCAGCAGCAAUUUAUUCUUUAAAGGGAGCCGGUUCCGAUACAGUGGCCGAGUUGCAAAGGAAGUAAUGGAGUCGAGCGCCAAGAUCAAACGGGAACCACCAGAAAUACACAGAGCUGGGAUGGUUCCCAGCCGGAGCUGUCCCUCCAUAACCCAUGGCCCAAGGCUGAGCAGCGUCCCCAGGACCCGCAGAAGAGCUGUUCACAUCUCCAUCAUGGAAGGCCUCGAGUCCCUGCGAGACAGCGCCCAUUCCACCCCGGUGCGUUCCUCUUCCCACGGGGAUACCUUCCUGCCUCACGUGAGAAGCAGCCGGGCCGACAGCAACGAGCGAGUAGCAGUGAUUGCGGAUGAGGCCUACAGCCCUGCAGACAGCGUGCUGCCCACCCCUGUGGCCGAGCACAGCCUGGAGCUGAUGCUGCUUUCCCGGCAGAUUAAUGGAGCCACCUGCAGCAUCGAGGAGGAGAAGGAGUCUGAGGCCAGCACCCCGACAGCUGCAGAGGUGGAGGCCCUUGGGGGAGAGCUGAGGGCCCUGUGUCAGGGGCACGGCAGGCCAGAGGAGGAACAGGCGAUGGUUUGCCUGCAAAAUCCGCUCAGUGGUGAGCCUGCUCAUUGACACCUGAGAAGGCCUGACUCCUCCCAAUAACUAGCCAGGUGGAUCAAGGAGCCCGGCUACCCAUUCCCAGCAAUGGGACCCAUCGCGGAACCAUCGGCACAUAUACCAAGUCCUACUCUCAUGACUCAAAGUCCACUGCAGCCUAGGAAGGUUGUUUCCCAGAAGAGGAAAGGGAUAGGCUCAUGCCCUGUCUAAACAAACUGGGAAAACUCACUUUCUUCAGAGGUUCUUUCAAGAAAGGCUCAGCAACUCUGUUUCUCAUUCUUCUGAUUUGCAGGAUAAUUUUUGGUUUUGAAUUUUGAUUUUUCAUAGAAGUGUAUUAUUUUGAAAGUACCAAAUAAAAAAUAAUUUAUUUUACUAUUACUGAUUAUCGCAGUGGUGUCACCUAGCAGGUGGGACACUACAGAGCGGAGAGCUGUUGUCCUCUGUACUCUGCAGCAGCUUUGCCACCAGUGCUACUGGGUUCCAGCAGACUCUUCACUGCAGUCUCAGUGGGGCAGGCCGGGGGUCUGGACAACGGGAGCUGUUGAGGUUUUCUUGCCAGACAGAACUUUUUAAAAAGUAACCACCAUGUAGAAUGAUUAAAUGGAAAGUUGAUUCUUAUGCUGGUCUGAGUUGGAUUUUCUUUCCCUUUUGUUUUUUCAAAUCUGAGCAGAGUGGGCAUCUGAAGGGACCACCGCUACAGCAGCAGCAGCAGCAGGGGUGGGGUAAGUCUGUCCCUUUAGACUAGAGCCUAGUGGGCAUCGCUACGAGUUUUGUAUACUGAACUUAGAUUUCUGUGAUUUUCUUUUUUUUUUCUGAAGAACCUCAAGAUUUUUAUAGCAUUCUGGGGCGUUAAAUGAAGUCAGUGAUGCCAGAGAUAGUACUGUCAGAAAUGUCGGACAAAGCGUAGCUAACAGAAGCCAGAGUUAAGUUACCUGAGAGACUGUUGAGAUUCAGAGAGCAGUGAUUAUUUUGUAAACUCCCGUGCCCCUCAAAAAAGACUAUUUCAAUUUAUAUUUUAACAACAAAAUGUUAUUUUCUUAUCAAUUCAUAUUUUGUUUUUACUUUAUGGAUUAAGAAAAUAGAACCUGAUGAACUAAACGAUGCAAGAAAGAAACUGAUCCUGAGAGUGAAAAGCUUCAGAAAAUAGAAUUCCAAGAUCAACAAACAGCCUUGGAAGGGACCAGGAAAAGAAUCUCUUUAAAUAGGAUUUCUAAGAGAUGUCUACAAAAGACAGAAGGUGAACGUGGCAGAGACCAACACUUAGAUGUAGAAAUGCUGCCCCCUAGGGUCAUCCUCUGCUUCAGGAAAAUCAGUUCUAGGAAAGCACUUGCCAUCCGUGCUGAGGGGAGCCCUGGAAGCACAGGCACAUGAAGGGUGAGUGUGGGGUCCUAGGCCCGAGCUCUGCAACUCUUGAGACCAAUCUCACACAGAUCUUGUUUUCAUCUCAGGGAGACAUUUCUAAGUCAUCUGGGGCCUGAGGACUGAUUCAAGGACAGUCAGUGGACAUAUUCCUGGGACCCACACAACAGUGAAGCGGCUACUGACACCCUAUGAUUCUGGUCAGCCCCAAAUCAGGACAGAAUGAGUCACUUGUAAAUUUGGUCUCUCCUAUUUUGUCCCCUGAGAUAGUAGAACAUGUCCAUGUUUAGAAUGUAACAGUUGUGGGGUAAUUGGAGAUUUGGGGGCUGGGGGUGCGAAGAAACGUGCAUAAUUUUAAAGAAAGUCAUUCUUUCAUCUAGACCAGGGGUCAGCAAACUUCUGUAAAGCACCAGACAGUAAAUAUUUUUUACAUUUGGUUUUGCGGGCCAUACUCUGUCACAACUAUUCAACUCUACCGUCAUAGCACAAGAACAGCCAUAGAUAAUACAAAAGUGAAGGAACAUGGCUGAUUUCUAAUAAAGCUUUAUUAAAAACAGCUGGUGAGCUGACUUUGGCCACAGGCCAGAAUAUGCCAUACCUGACCUAGACAGUGACACUGAUCCUGACCAGUAUGUCAGCAGAAGAGAGUCGGCUCUGCUCCAGUUUCUGACACGUGUGAAGGAGCUAGGAUCAUUUCCCAGUGGAGACACUGGGACUGCUUGUUUAAAGGGUGCUCGAACAACCAACCAGCUGAGAUGUCUGUACCAAGUGAGCAGGGUCAAGUACCAGAAUGCUAAAACACGGCCAGGACCUGAGAAGGGAAGAGGGCCUACCUGAUCAUGUUCAUACCAGCAACAAUUUGGGCAGAAUUAUAAACAUCUACUUAUCUAGUGACAAGACAGAGGGAGAUCCCAGUAAAGAUUAGGGAUCACUUAAAACCAACUAGCCACUGCCACUUGUCAUCUACAUAGCAAAGGCUUUAUUUAGCACAGGCCUGAAGUGAAGGAGACCUGGAGAUGGAAAGGCUGUCAGGAGACGGGGACUGGCGUUAGCCUGGACAUCUACUGUCUUAUGCAACAUAGCAGAUUACCUUUUAGUGUAGUGCUCCUACCUCAGUCUGUAGAUACGGUGUUUCUAUGCAGUGAGUGCUAGCCUCAACUCGGACCUUUCGUAUUCUCAUUAGAGAGAUGCAGUAUUCCAUUUCCCGGUAUGUUACUCGUGUCUAGAGUUGUAGUCCAUGCAGCUGAAUUUCCAGCAGCUAAAUUCUCUCUGAACAGAAACUUUCUGACUACUUGUUUUUUUAUUCCAGGGCUUAUCCCAGAAAAUAUGGGUAGAAACGUUUCCAUCGGUUUGCUUUUCAAAUAGUGCUUGAAUAACAAACCUCCUUUGUUGGCGACUAGUCCUUUUCGGUAUCUCCCUACCAUUAAAAACUGUUCGUGUUUUUAACCUGGUUUUACUGUGUUCUAUGUCUCUCCUUUUCUCUCAAGAUUAGUUUAUCUCAUUGUAGAAAAAGCAAUGGUUUCCAUAGCUUCAUCUAUCAGAGGAACUAAAACUCUUACUAAAGAAUAGUGUACUGCAUCUUUAAGCAGUAGAGGGUAAACUACCUGCAAAUGUGAAUUUCUUAGUUUCAUUAAAAAAUAUAUAGUUGUUAACCUUUCGUGUGCCAAAAAUUCUAAGUUACAUUUUCCU